UGUGCGCCGCAGCGUCGCGUUCACGCUUCUGCAAUAAAGCGGAAGCCUUAUUCUUCUAAGUUAACAUUAUUUUAAACUGAUAACGGUGUGUCUGUCGGUGUCAGCUGCCUGUCCGCGAUCUGUGGACUGAUGUGGAUGUGACGCUAGAAUGGGCGAAUUCCGCUGGAUUUGACAGUAACUGUGGCAAUGGAUCCCACAUUCUCACAGCUGGGUAACAAAGAUGAGGUCCAUGUGAAGGAUGUGGGGCCCCUGCGCAUGAGGAUGCGUGAGCGUCUGCUGUGGGACGAGCCGCUGCAGAUCUCCUGGCUAAUGGAGGCCGAGCCAUUCACCUCCUCCCUCCAGACGGGGGGUCCUGUGGCGGGCGCCAACAUGACUCUGGAGCAGAAGACCACUUUUGCCUUCGUCAUCUUCCUCUUUGUCUUCCUCUGCAUGCUGAUCGUGCGCUGCUUCCGCAUUCUGCUGGACCCCUACCGCAGCAUGCCCACCUCCACAUGGGCAGAUGGUCUGGAUGGCCUUGAGAAGGGCCAGUUUGAUAACACCCUGGCAUAGAGGACAGACAACUCAUGCAUUUACAUACUGCGAUGAAGACAAAUAGUCAUUUCAGUUAAUUGCCAAACAUCCCAAAAAGUGAUACACAAACACAUGACACUGUAGAUUACAUACAUUCAGAAUAGUCAUUUUGUGUACGAACAGUUCCAACACAGACUUUUAAGUAAGGGAUAAGGUACAUUCAGGCAGUUAUCAUCACAGAAUAAAGCCUGACAGGUUUUAUUCUGUGAAAUAAAUGUCUGGAUGUACUUUAUCUUGCUAAGUACAUGGCUACUUGUCACAAAAUGUAAAACUUAGAAACAAAACAUUGUUCUGAGCCAUAAUAGUUUAAUGAUUCUUAAUGAAAGGCAAAGCUGACAGAACCGAAAACGGCUGAAUGGAGCAUACACUAAUCUGUGUAAUAUUCAGUUACAAGUUUGCGCCAAACAGACAGACAGUCAUUCAUAUUUAUGUGAACGUACUCACUGACAGCCAAGAUGAUUCGUAGUAACCAGAUGAGACUGUGUUAUUAGUUUCAUCGAUUGGUAUUUUGGAAUAACAUCACUUGGAAUGUCGCGACUGACCAAUCAGAAUCAAGUAUUACAGCUGUGUAAUAAUGAUAAUUUACAUGCACACACACUGCGCUCACUGCCAUUCACAUAUACAAAAGGUUUAUUCAGAAAAUGAUUGUGCAGUGCUUUAUUACUGAUCGAAUGAAUCUCAAGCUCCUAUUGGCGCUGGGACACAGGGUAGCCCUCUUUAUAUUCUCUUAAUACAACCAUUGCUUCCUCAUAUCUGUGCUGUCGUUAACUGCCAAGUACAAAUCUCUUUUCGAAGUUUAUAAGCACUUCAUAAACACUUAUGACGCAUUUGUCGAAGAAGCCUUAAAAUGUGCACUGUAAUCGGCCACUGUCAAAGUUUACAUGUUUCAUUGCAAUUUACUGCAGUGCUUCUGGUCACAUUCUGGGCCUUUUUAGAAAUCUUUAGGUGAUGUUAUAGAGAGUUAGGAUAGGCUAUUAGAUGAGUUGUUAAAUCAUUGUGUGCACUUCACAGAUUCUGUACAUUUGAACUAUUAUUCAUAGUAGGGAUCGCAGGAUUUGUCAGCCUUAGCACAAUAAAUACUAUGGUCUUUGACCACAUCUCUACCUGUAUUUUCAUAGGCUGUAGUUUCGUAAGCCUUAACAUGUGAAGCUGCCAUCAAGAGAACUGUCAUAAUGUGAAGCUGACCAAUCAUCUGACCCUUUGAGUCGAACGCUAACCUUGAAAAUCCAUGGUCUUAAGAGAUGAUCAGAAUGAAAGUGUUUUUGGUGGUACGAUGCGAAUGCUCCUCUGCCCUGUCAAUUUUUAUCUCAUUGAUGAUUGUGAUGAUUUUUGUUGCACUAAUUCAUCUGUACCUGCUGUCACUGUGAAAGAGCCAACAAGCUUACUUAGUAAGGGGGACUUAGUAAAGAUGUUUUAUUGUAUGUGCCACAACAAAAAUUAAGAUCAUUCACUUGUGUAUUUGCCGUGUUGAAACACUAAAAUAUUGGGGUUGGAGUGAACAGACUGUUUUCAUUGAUUCCCCAUUAAGUGCUGCUGCUCUUUAGAUGACACAAAGCACUAAACAGCCCUCUCUGUGUGUUUAAUGUGUCGAACAUUGCAGUAUGUGGAGCCUCAAAUCAAUGACUAUUUGUAAUUAGACCUUCAUACUGUUAUACGAAAUUCAUGUCUGUGCAGUAGAGCAAAGUAAUACAUCUAUAAAACACAAAGCUACAGUAUAUUACAACACAAAUGAUAGAAUUAUGAGGCUUUGUUUUCAUGGUGUCACAACCUCAUUUAUGUUUUAGAGAGAUGAAUAAUAAAACAUUU